AUCAAUUCCUCCAUAUCCAAAACCCAUCACUCUUUCUCUCUCCUCUCCCUUAUUUGCCAUCUUCUUUUUCUUCCCUUUCAACUCCUGCACCAUAGCCCCUCUCUCCCUCUUCCCCCCCGGUUCCAUGGCAAGAAACAGUCUCCAAUCCGUACACCAUUCCCUCCCCAAGCGCCAAUAUCUCUCCGAUACUCCUCCCAUUUUUUCUUCCUCACUUUCCCUCAAACCAAACACCUCCACAACUUCUCUUUCUCACUACUCUCUCUCCACCACCACCACCACCAACUUUUCUCUCUCCUCCACCACUUCUUCCAUCUCACCUUCAACCUCCGAAACCAUCUCCUUCGACACCCUGCAACACCACCUCUCCACCCAAAACUUCCGGCAAGCCGACGAGGAAACCCGCCGUCUUCUCAUCGUUCUAGCAGGAGAAGCGGCUCAGAAACGCGGCUAUGUCUUCUUCUCCGAGGUGCAAUUCAUCUCGGAAUCCGAUCUCAAAGCCAUUGACGAGCUCUGGAAACACCACAGCAACAAUAGGUUCGGAUACAGUGUUCAGAAAAAGAUUUUCGAGAAAGUGGGGAAGGAUUUCACUAGGUUUUUUCUCAAAGUUGGGUGGAUGAAGAAGCUUGAAACUGAGGUUGAGCAAUACAAUUACAGAUCUUUUCCUAAUGAGUUUGUAUGGGAGCUUAGUGAUCAUUCUCCAGAAGGUCAUCUGCCAUUGACGAAUGCUCUCAGAGGUACUCAGUUGCUUAACAAUAUCCUAAACCAUCCAGCUUUCAUGACCGAAGAAGAAGAAGAAGAAGAAGAAGACAAAGGAGCAACAGAAGACAAGGUUGGUAAAGAUGAAGGAACCGACACAAAUAUAGGCUUGAAAGGUUUAAAAGAUUCCUCAAAACCAAUGAGCAAGACAGUCUUCAAACCAGAUUAUAGCUUUUGAGGCUUUUUUUUUUUUUUUUGGGAAGAACUUACCCACUAUUAUAGAAAGGAAAUUGGUAUUUGGGGUUUUUUCUUUUAUUAUAAUUUUAAUAAAUUAAUUAAAGUUUGAAUGUUA